GGCGCCCUCCAUGGAGGCUUUCCCCGGCGGCAAGCUGGAGCCGCACCGGCACCUCCCUCCCGUAGAGCGCCUGCCGGGCGCCCGCUACGGCGGCCGGAGCCACAGCGCCUGCGGAAACGUCUUCAACUCGUGGAACGAUUACCUGGGGCUGGCCACGCUCAUCACCAAGGCCGUGCGCCCCGGCAAGGGCUUCGGCGCCGAGCCGCCCGCCGUGGUGGUGGCGGCGGCCGAAGAAGAGGAAGAAGAAGAGGAGGAGGAGGAGGAAGAAGCGGCGGGGCCGUACUUCGAGGGCGCGCUGGACUUGCACGAGCUGGAGCUGUGCCGGCACCACCACCAUCACCACGGCGACGGGCUGCUGGAGGAGCGCUACGCCGACUUUAGCCCCUUCCCCGGGCGCGGCGGCCCCGCCGCGGUGCUGUUCGACUGCUCGGGGGAGCACGCGGGCCGGGACGGCUCGGCUCACGCGUGGGGCGCGGGCGUGGUGGUGGCGGCGGGUCGGCUGCCCUCGCACCCGCGUGCCGCGGGCCGCCUGCUGAAGCCUGAGCUGCAGGUGUGCGUCUUCUGCCGGAACAACAAGGAGGCGGUGGCUCUGUACACCACGCACAUCCUGAAGGGACCCGACGGCCGCGUGCUGUGCCCUGUGCUGCGCCGCUACACCUGUCCCCUGUGCGGCGCCAGCGGGGACAAUGCCCACACCAUCAAGUACUGCCCGCUGUCCAAAAUGCAGGCGGCCAAACAGCUCCGGCACGCCCGGACCGCGCUGGGCAAGAAAGCCCGCUAGGAGCGGGGCGCGGGGGGACUGGCGGGCGGCUUCGGAGCGGCCGGGACGCCCUGUACGUGUUUCUUGUAAGAAAUAUAUAUAUAUGUGGUUUUUAAGAAAAUGGGAUUCGCCGCGAGUCCCGACGGGGGCGGCGCUCGGGGCGGGCGGUGUCUCUCCCCGCUGCCCGCCCGGCCCGGAGGAACGGCCUCCCGCUGUCCGGCGGGGACGGAAGGGCUCUGAGCCGCUCCCUCGUCCUUGGAACCGUUCGGGUUUCUCGGUCGGUGGUCGGCAGCCCCUCGGCUAAAUGGCUGCAUCCGGGGAGGGGGAGGAACGGGACAGUGCCUCCCGGCUCCCUGUGCGUAACGCACGGCUUUGAGGCUGGGAGGUUGGAGCGGCGAAGGACUGGGGGUUGCGCUGUGAGCCCUUCUGGGGGGGGGCACAGAGCGGACUCUGGUGUGUUUGUGGGCUUCUGAGGAGACCCAGAGCACGGUGCGAAACUGACGGAAGGAAGGUGAUGCGUUUGUAAGGCUGAAGAGUGUGGCUUUGUUUGGAUGCGGGGGGGAGAUCCACCCGUGUGGUUACCAAGUAGCUUUCACGUAUACCGAACACGAGACGCAGCUCCGGGAAGUGCUGAGAGCUGGCACGGGGCUGCGUCGAUCUCGAGAGGUGGGGAAUUUGUUUUUAUUGCAACUUGAGACAGGAGAAGGAGCGGCAGCAGCAGGUCUGUGGGUCUCUUCGGAGCCCUUUGGUGCCAGGAGGGCAGUGCAGAAGGGUUCUGCUCUAGAUGGCUGUACCCAGAUUCAGCUGAGGGUGAGAAAGUCACCGGGUCCUAAUGGGAAGGGAAGCUGGGCAAGUGAGAAGUGACAGGUAUCAGAGUGAGUUCCUCCUGGGGAGCUACCCGGCAGGGUGGGAGAUUGAAGCAAGCAAGUGGGAUGGGCAGGAGAGCAGUCAGGAUGUGCAGGAUUGGGAACAGGGGUCACUAUUCAAAACUGCAGCUGAGAUCAGGGUUGUGGAUGGAAGUGUUCUAUUCAGGCUUCAUCAGAUUGCUUCAACGAUGGCAUUAGGUCUAAUUAGCAAAUGUAAAUGGACUUGCAUUAAGUAACAUCUUGCUGUGGCUACAGCUGGUUGUAUGGAGCUGCCUGUUGGUUGUGAUGAUACCAGCUGUGUGCUGUCCCUCCUUCCAUGAGGCUUGCCCUGCAGGUUCUCAGCUGGUAGGAUUUAGGUGUUGGAUUUUAUGAUGUCUGUCUGCACCGCAGAUUGGGAUUGAGCUCCAGUGUAAUGCUGUGGGGAAAAAAGUCUUUUUGUUAGCUUCUUGUGGGAAUGUUGAAAAUGAGUAGACGCGUUUCAAUUGAGGUGACUGUUCAUGGACACAAAAGCAAGAAAGAUGUAAGGAAAAGAUCUCAGAUGCUUUCUGACGGGACAUUCCGAGAGGGCUGCCAUACAUCUGCCUCCCCUGGUUUGUUGCUUAAGCUACCCCAUAGCAACUGCCCCACUGCACCGCCUGGGAGCUUGUCAAGACAGCAGAACAUCUCCCUGCCUUGGAUGCCAGCCCUGUCCUUGCGCAGCACCUGUCCCUGCCCUCCACCUGGGUGAGAAGAAAGCUGCUCUUGUGAUGGUGCCUCCUGCUGUGUGUGCUCAGAGUCCUGCUCUCCGUGUGUACCUGCACUGCGUGGCAUCAGACCUGGGAGCCGGGUCCCAGCAGGAUCCCUUCUCCUUCUCCCCAUCUCUCUCUCGAUCUUUCGAUGCUGACGGGGGAGCAGAAGCUGGAGGAGCAGCAGGGGCAGGAGCUGACCGCCGAACUGUUUCACGUUCUUCCCCACGUUCUUCUCUCCUGUCGUCAGCACGCCGCCACGAGCUUGCUACAAACACAGAAGACAUUAAAACCACCUUUUGUCAUGUUCAACCAGCAGCCUGCAGGAGUUUAAACAAACAAGCCUAGCACCGAGUCUGAUUUACUGACUCUCACUCUUGCCAAGAGCUAAUAUGAAGAUGACAGCCAAAUGCACAGCUUAAUUUUAUAGUGAAGUAAUGGACAGGAACUACUCAUGCCUGUUAGAGAUGUAUGAGUGCUGUCAGCAAGUGAAGUGUCAUUGUCAAAACAAAGUAACUGCAAUAAGAAUGUUCUAGUGAUGUACAUGGUUUUACAAUGUAAAAUACAUCCUUAUAUUAUCAGAAUUAAAAGCACAAAAGCGUCUCUUUAGAAACAACUGAAAAAUAUUUAGGUGUUCUAUAUCUCAACAGCCCUUUGCUGUUCAGCAUUACUGAAGUCAGACGUGACACCGGAUUACACAGCUCCCCUGAUACUAGUCUUCAGCAUUCUUCACUAUAUGAAGAAUUGUUAGUUUCCAUCAGAAGGAGCGUAAGAAUGACACCCCAGCUAUGAACAAAACUGUCAAAUACUAAACCAGAUGGUCAAAAAAUAAAGUAGUUCUUGAUAUUAUUUUAUAACACACACACACACAUAUAUA